UACAGGAUGGCUGCAGGUAGUUCUAUCAGAAAUAUAUUAGUGCAGCCCUUCCAAACUGGCCAGCAGUCUCACUUUGAGACCAGACCUGAUAAAGAGGACGGUCGUUAUUCUUCUCUGCUUCUGUUAAUUUAUAUCAUCUGUCUUUACAUUGUCGUCAGCUUUGCUACAUUCGUUGAAUACAAACCGAUCAGAGCUGAUGUUUCAAAUGGCACUAUUACGCUCAUAUUACUCGCCGCUGUCGUUGUUAUGCUCGUAUACAUCUAUCGACGUAAAUCAUGGCAAACACGUAGCAUACUGAUAUUUCCCAUUUCACAUUACCAGUCUAUAAAUAUGCGUCAGAUUCAACUAUCUUUCUACGGUAUUUAUUUAUUCGGUACUGGCGUUAUUGUGUACUCUAUUUUCAGGUUUGUACAGGGAGUACAAUGUCUUUUUCACUAUAGAGAGCCUUUUAUAGUUUUAGUGAUCUACCUGAUAUUCGAUGUAAGUCGCAUCAUCUUCAUUACAGUUCAGUUGAUUUUCUUUCGUGUGUUUAAGACAGCUGUGAUGGUGAGUACUUGCUGGUUCCGCUAUACCUUCACUCUAAUCAUUGCUGCCAACAUGUGUUGUUGGUUUGAGGUUAUGUCGAUGGAGGCAAAGGAACGCUUAAAUGUCACCACACAAUGGACACCAAUGGAUAUCAACAAUGACAUCCAAGAACUAGACGAACGCCAUAUAUCAUGUUAUUUAAACUCAACAACUGCGUUAGAUCAUAAAAUUGGAACUGUUCGGUCUACGUUGGUUCCAUUUGUGUCGGAAUAUUCAAUAAUGGCAGCAGGAAUUCUUUUUCGAUAUUGGGAGUGUCUUUUAAAUAAUUACCCGCUGAAGAGUAACGUUGGUGAAGAGGAAGCCGAUUCUUUACUAGUGAAUGAGCCUGAUGUUUUUGAUUCACAGCCGCAGUCGAGACUUGAAAGGAAUACGACAAGUUCGCCAAGACGUCGAUACCACUGUCGGUCUUAUUUAUUACCAUUUAUUGCUACGUUGAUCUCAAUACUUCUUCUUGUCAGCGCCAGUCUUAUGUUUAAAAAUGAUGAUGGAAAGUUUGUUUUGUAUGCUAAUGUAGCGUAUAUUUUUAUUGAGGCCGGAUCCAACUUCUGUAUGUGUUUCGUAGCUUAUUUUGCUUUCAAGUACAUCUCACCUUUGAAGUAUGACCGCCAAAAAUAUCUUAACAACAACGAAAUAUUGUGUCUGAUAUCUAUUGUGGGAUUAAUAAUCAUCAACAUAUGUACAAUAUUAUCAUCAGUAGCAGAGCUCUUGCAUAGGGCAAACGACACGAUUGAAUUGAUUCUUUGUGUUGGAAAUCUGCUUGAAUCAUUGACUGGUAUGGUAGAAGGUUGGCUUCAGACUUCACUUAUAAUUGCUGUGCGACGUCGCCUUCUCGAGGACAGAAAUCAAUCGUGUUUGAAGGAAUGUUUGUUGUAUUUAGCUAUCGGCAACCUGGCUAUGUGGAUUCACGAUAGCUUCAUAGCAACUAACCUCUACAACAUUGAAUCCAUGCCAAAUGUCUGGUUCUUUGGUGAAUCCACUUGGAACGUCGUUAAUUUACUGUUUGUUCCAAUCGUGAUAUAUUAUCGAUUCCAUAAUUGUAUUAUGUUUACCGGCGCAUAUGUUUCUUUUAAAAGAUGACAUACUAUAUUUUGUGUUUGAAAAUAUCUGUGUGUGGGUGGGUCUGCAGUGCAUUAGUUGGGUUGGAGGACUUAUUUUGGAAAUUUAAAGAGGGGGGUUUCGCCAGAAAAGAGGGAGUUUGCUACAAAAGGGGGGUUCUCCCAAACCAUAAAAAACCCCCCUGGAUAUGGGCCUGAGAAUAUCUCGACGUUUCGAUUGAGUUGCUUCAAUCGUCUUCAUGAGAAUAAUAAUAAGAUUAACGUUGAAAAUAAGAUAUCGUAUAUUGAAAAUCAAAAUUGCAUAACUGAUAUAAUUCAAUUCAGAUCAUCUUAACCAAUUUCAAGUCUAGUUUAUGAGUUAUAAAGUGUAGACCUAAUUGAAUAAAACAUAUAGGCUUAAUAUUCCUUCUUCGUGGAAUUUGGUUUACGAGUAAAGCUACGUUCACAUAAAGCCCGGAUUCCGGUCCGGAGUCCGGAGAAAAAAGGCGUGGAAAAUGUGUUCUGUGGUAAAUAGUAAGACCGUUCACAUCAAAUUCGUACGAUUUCCAAUCAGGACUUCAGAUCCGGACCAAUGGAUCUGAGAGCCAUUUGUAUUCUGAAAUUUUCUUGGACCAAUCAGCAACAAGCUUGGUUGGUUGGAACCAAUCGAACACACGCAUACUUAAACCUACUCUAACAUAUUGAUCCGAUUUUCUGAUGUAUGUAGUUCAUAUUAAAAUAGAGAAAGUAAAAAAUAAAGAAAUUAAAAAGUAGAGUGUAAACUCAACGCCACGAUUGAGUGACGUCAUAAAGAGUA